AGAAUUUAAAGAAUUUAUGUAAUGACAUCAGUCUAUCGCCAAAGUUUGAAAUGACUUGACUUUCACGACUCCCAGUCUUGUCAACUUUAUAUGUUAAACAUUGGCAAUCAUUUAAGUAAUGAGUCGGGAAGUCGGUCCCGUGUCAAUUGUGUGGGGAAACAUGAAGACCAAACUUUACUGUUGCAGCUCAUUCUGUAAAUGCCAGCAAAGAGGUUGGGCUAGAAAUUUUUUUUUGGGCCAUGCUAAUGGAGGCAUAGUAGUUUUUGCGGUGGGUAUCAUUUCGACUCGUAGUGUAUGUCGCCAUCAGCGGAGAGCUUAUAGUAACGAUAUCAUAUCACUUCGACUCUUACGUGACAAUCUGCAUCACUUGGCAGGUAAUAAUUUGAUCUAAGGUUUCGGCAA